AAUUUUCGUGCCUGCGGGAGGCAAAAUCCGCGACGCUCUUCGAUUUGUUUAAAUAUAAUCUGUGUGUUUCGUGCAUACUUGUGUUGACAACAAAAAGGCCAACACGGAUCGGGCCGCCACGAAAAAUGAAGGCAAUUGCUUGUUAAACUAAAGCGGAGUUUUGAGAAAAUUCACGAAUAGCGCUCGGUUGGUGUUCGCGGAUGGUAGAAAGUAUCAAAUGCAGAAAAAGCUGAAAAGAGGCGAAUUAAAGGAAAACAUAUAAUCGAGCGGAAACAGUUGUGGCCCGGUGGAGGUGGCAAAGACGAACAUGCGACAAGACAACAGUUCUACGUGGGCCGUGCAGCAAAACUAUAACUUUUAAUAGUUUCCCGGAUCGACAAACAACAUCCGCAGCCGCAUCGUCAAGAUUUAACUUAAUUGAAUUAACCCGGAAAAUGCAAUCAAGCGAAAGGGAAAGAGAAAGCAACAUAAAUCUGUUGGAUUGUAGGGUAUGCGAUAGCCCAAAGAUGUCAUGGAAAUGAGCGAUUUCUGCUGAUAGGCCCCUCGUUUUGCCUGUCUAGUGAAAAGUGUGCGCAGGAAAAUUGCUGACAACUCACAAAAACAAAAAAAAAAGUAGUGAGGGGAACGAACGUGCGAAGCGGAGGCGUUCGUUUCGGGAAAAUUCAAUACAAAAACGCGGAAAGGAAAGCAAAAGAAAAACAAAAACUGCAAAAAUACAAAAGAAAAGUAGUGACACACAGAGAGCGAGCGAGAUCGAGAGAGGAGAGAGGCAAAGCAAAGAAAUAUCUGUCGAGUCGAAAGAAAGCAAAGACAGCUGUGCUCCGUCCGUGUACCUGUAAACAGUCCAUGUGUGUGCGUGCGUGUUCGUGAGAGCAGAGCAGCAGAAGAUCAAAGUGAAAUUGAGAGAAACAACAGAGGAAUCAACGCAGCAAAGCCAAAACAAUAGAGGGGCUGCAGCCUCUCUCUGUGUCCCAUCUCUGUCCCUUCUUCGACGACCUCCUGCAGAAGGCACUACUGACUUCCUCUCUUUCCUUCCUUCGAGGAUCCUCCUCUGCCUGCCGAAACCGCUAUAGUGUUAGAGUGUGGACUCUUUUCUUCCUUCAGGGAUAACCUGCCGACAGCAUUAUAAUGCGUACAACAGCAUCACUUCAAGCAAAAACGACUACUUCCAGAGGCCGGCUUUUAAGCAACAAAUAUAAAAACCAACACUAGUCAGCAUAAAACCAAACACCAAACAACUCGACCACAAAAAAGAGAAAAAAACAUAUCCGUCAAAAAAAUACAAACAAAUAAAAAACAACAACUAAAUUCUAAGUAAAAUAGAAAGAGAUCCAACUACAUUUUAAGUAAAAUCAAUUAAAAUAUGGAUUGGAUAAUCAGCGAUGAGAUGGGCCUGACGGUCGGCCAUGUGGUGGGCUGGGCCGCAGCCUCAGCGAUGGUCAUUGGCGGCGUUAUACCGUAUGUGCCGCAGUACAUCGAGAUCAAGAAGACACAGGAUGCGGAGGGCUUCUCAUUGUACGUCUGCCUGGCCCUGCUGAUAGCCAAUUCCCUGAGAAUAUUAUUUUGGUUCUCCAGCCGCUACGAGCUUCCACUGCUGGUGCAGAGCGUUGUCAUGAAUGUCACCAUGUUCCUAAUGAUCCAUCUGUGCGUGAAGGUGAAGCGCGUCGGUGCCAAUAACCGAGAGCAUUCACUGCGAGGUGAUGAGCUGCAUUUGCCCAAAGUGAUGACAGAUGCGGAUGCCAGCGUCAGUGCAUCGACCAGUGCGGGUGGCGGCCUCAAGCGUGCCCGUUCCAGGCAUUAUUUAAACGAUCUAGAUUUGAAAUUCUUUUGGAAUUGGACAGACUUUCAAUCGUAUCUGGACUUUAUGCUAUUCGUGUGGGCCGUGGGCGCCGUCAUAACAUUUAUAAUGCUCUCCGUGCACUGGUUCAUGGAGUCCAUGGGCUUUGUGGCCGUCUUUACAGAGGCCAUGUUGGGAGCGCCGCAAUUUCUGCGCAACUUUAAGAAUAAAUCAACAUAUGGAAUGAGCAUACACAUGGUGAUCAUGUGGACGCUCGGUGAUAUGUUUAAGACUGGUUACUUUAUUGUUAGGAAAGCACCAUCGCAAUUCUGGAUCUGUGGCAUGCUGCAGGUCAGCUUGGAUAUAGCCAUACUGUCACAGGUCUGGUUCUAUCGCAAGAAUUCCAAGCCGCGCGACUUGCGACGCGGCGAUUAGCAGUUUGCCCCCGAAGAACAACCACAGCACCACGAUCUGCACAUAUCCCACUCGGAGGAGCAUCAGCUCUCCCUGCCCGUUACGCUCAGUAGCAGCGGCGACGAUCAUCUACUCACCGCCCGUGCCGACGAUGAGCACUUCAAGGUGCUCGACUUUGGCCAGUGUCACGACAAUCGUGCCUUCCAGUAUCACAACAACAACAAGCUGUUGCCGCGACCCGGCGGCAGUGGCAAGAGCAAGGAUGACAGCAGCAUGGCCGCCGCUUUGGAGGUUGUCAUCGUGCAUUCACCCGGCAAUGCCGGCAAGGAUGUCCGUGUAAUUGGCGGCCACGAGCCGAGUCUGCACAGCAGCUGUUGCCGUCACGGUCAUGCGGCCAGGAAGCGACACAAUGCCACACAAACGACAGCCAUUGCUGCAGCGACGACGAGCACAGUGCCCGGCGGACAGCUGGAUGGCAGCUGUUGUUGUGUCAUAACCACGCACCAUCAUCACUGCCACUGCAGCAGCCAUCGUCAGCAUCAUCGGAGUCACCAUUGUCAGCCACAUCACGCGCAUCAUCACCAUCAUCAUCAUCGCCAUCGCCAUGGCAAUCAUAAUCACAGCCACAAUCACAGUGAUUAUGCAGGCGUUGGCGGCACAAAGCGACGAGCAGUGCUGCGUCAGGCACGACAUCGUCAGCAGCUGCAGCUGCAGAAUCAUCCGCAUCAUCGACAGUCCGCGGCCAAGCACAGUCCACGCGUGGAGAACCUAUCAUCCAAGCUUCCAGUCAACAACAACAACAACAACAAGUCUUCCCUGGACUCCAGCGAGGAGGUGAUGCAUCAUCAGGCCAUUGCCAUUGAGAUCGAUGCUGCGACCAUGACCGAAGGCGAUGAUGAGGAUGAUGAGGAGGAGAACAACAGCAGCACAGCCACCUCCAAUUUCCCCUACAAAGUGGCCAGCGAGGGUGUAAUUCCGAUUAUAAUGGCACCCCUGCGAGAGCAGACGCGACGUCGUCGUGGGUCUCUCAACUCCAAUACGACCAUUGAGACCGAUGAACUCUCCCACGAUGAGGAUGAUGUCGAGUGUGACGACGACGACGACGACAACGAUGACGAUGAUGUAAGGAUGGGUCAAGAGCAUCUGCCCGAAGAUGAGGCACAGCUGCAGCCACCAGUGAACACAGGCAGCUCCAGCAGCACCACACGAGCGGCUCCUGCUUCGGCGCCCGCACGCAACGAGUGUGUGAAGAUUAAGAGGAAACGAUUUAUGCCGGAGGCUGGUCAGGAUUGUUGCAGCAGCUGCUCCAGCUGCAGCUGCGAGCGCGGACAGUCGAGCUCCUGCAGCAGUCUUGAGGAUGAUCUGAAUGACCACGAGCUGACGGUCGCCGUGGAGUGCCAUCAGUGCAACCAGCAGGCAGGCGUCAGCCGGCGAGACAGCUUCUGUUCGUGCCACACUACCAGCUGCUGCUGCGGCUCUUGCUCUCAGGAGGAGGAGAUUUAUGCCGGCGAUGAUGACGAUGACGGCGACGACGACGAUGACGAGACCACAGGCCAAAGGGAUAGCUUCUGCACGGCUGCCGAUCAUACCAUUAUGAGCACACCAACCCAGGAUGGCGAGGAGCCGCACAGCAGCACACUCACGCCGCUGAGCACGCAUCGAUCCUCGUUGCUGGAUCUGGCCGAGCACACAAUGCGCAGUGAUGGUGCACCCGGCACACAUACAGAUGCGGAUGCCUCCUCGCUCAGCCAGUCGGCCGAAUACUUUUCCCUCUGCUCCAAUGUGGGUCCCUUCCAAAGUCAGUCAAAGGAGGCGGACGAGAAGCUGCAGCAGAAGUCACCAGAGCCACCGCCACAGCCACCGCCACCAUCGUCUCUAGGUUGCAAGCACUCGAGAAAGCAUAGUCGAGACCGUCAGAAGCGCAGCUCCUCGCCGCUGGAUAGCCAAUUAUGACGAAGUGUUUCGCUGGUCGCUUGGCCAGCCAUCGAUGUGAAUGCGUUGCUGCAGCAGACGAUACGCAAGUCAGCCGUAAUGCAGGAAUCGGCCGUACGCAGGAAGCCGACCACAGCUACUGUCCAGGGCAAGCCACUGUCCGCCGGAGCCACUGGCAGCAAUGACAGCUCCACGGCCACGCUGACGCCCAGCAUCAUAACGAUUCAGUCCAAAUAUUCCGCAUCGGGACAGGGCACAACUUCGGGGCUGAUGAACGCUGUGACCAGCAUUUGUGGCAGCAAUGGGGGCUGCAGCACGAGCACCUACACCACCAUAUCGUCGGGCGGUGGCUCCUCCAAGCGCAAGUAUUCGCCAGUGCCGGCCACAGAUGCCUACCAGUGUGAUCCCCUGCAGCGCAGCUCGACCGAAAUCAUCUUAUAACUCAUACAUUACCUCCAAAAUCUGUUCGUUCAGGUCAGGGCAAAUCAUUUACUAAGGGAUUCAUGUGCAAAACAAAAACCAAUUUCGUGGACAGCUGUACAAUUUGUUGUUAUUCGGGGGUGCCCCCAAAAACUGAUGCAAAUACAAUUUACACAAUUAAAUUAUUUUAUUAAGUAAA